UCGUCUUUUGCUUUGGUAUUAUUCGGAGAGAGAAACACCUUAUCUCUGCUCUGCAACUAUACACAAAAGCGAUUCGAGCGAAGAAGAGCAAGGCCCAACCUCAACAUCUUCUCUCAAAAUUUUUUUCCAUUUCCCAUGUAGGGUUUCUUCACUCCUGCUUUGUUUUCUCGACUGUGGAUUCAACCUCUGAAUCAAUAGUCACUUCCAAUUUCAGUUUGGUAACCAUGAAUCACUGCGUACCUGAUUUUGAGGUAGAUGAUGAGGACGCGAUUCCCUUGACCAGACCGAAGAAAUCAGCGGCCAUGGUUGAGGAUGAUGAAAUCAUGGAGCUGCUCUGGCAGAAUGGUCAGGUGGUGAUGCAGAUCCAGAAUCAGCGAUCUUUCAAGAAAUCCCAGCCUUCGAAAUUUCCAAUUCAAGAUGCUGUGCUUCCGCCGGAGCAGUCCAAGAUCCGGUCAUCGGCUCCGGUGGAUGAGUCCAGCGCUCAGCUCUUCAUGCAGGAAGAUGAGAUGGCUUCGUGGCUUCACUACCCGCUCGACGAUUUCUGUGCUGAUCUCCUCGAUCCUACGCCGUGUGUUAAUGCCUCUCCCCCUCCGGCGCGGCCUAAUUUGUCGCCGGAUGUCCGUCAGCCUGAGGAGAGGCCUGCUGCGACGAAGCCGCCGAUUCCGCCGGCGAGGAGGGUGGAGCUGGACUCCAAGGUUCACAACUUCCUGCAUUUCCCGAGGAAAUCGACUGCCGAAUCUGGAGAGCCUAGCUCAAGCAGGCCGGCGGGGAUGGAAUCGACGGUGGUGGACUCAAGCGAUACGCCGGGGGUAUGCCAGCAGUCCAGGACUUCCCCAGCCGAGUGGUGCAAGGCGGAGUUAGCGAAUUCCGGGUACGGGACUAUUGGCGGUGCUACUGAGGCCGCGACGUCAGCAGCCGGGGAACAUACAACAUUUGAGCUCACGAUGACGUCAUCUCCUGAAGGGUCCGGGUCUGGCGGCAGCGCCAGCGCCGGAGCCGAACCGACUCCGAAAGCGCCGGCGGACGAUCGAAAACGGAAGGGAAGAGAAGGCGACGACACGGCCGAGUACCAGAGCGAGGACGUUGAGUUUGAAUCUGCUGAUGCAAAGAAACAAGUCCGUGGAUCAGCGACUGCAAAGAGAUCCCGUGCUGCGGAGGUUCACAACCUGUCUGAGAGGAGACGUCGAGACAGGAUAAAUGAAAAGAUGAAGGCUUUGCAAGAACUAAUACCUCGUUGCAACAAGUCUGACAAAGCUUCGAUGCUGGAUGAAGCAAUUGAGUACUUGAAAUCACUUCAGUUGCAAGUUCAGAUGAUGUCGAUGGGAUGCAGCAUGGUCCCUAUGAUGUAUCCUGGCGUCCAGCAGUACAUGCCACAAAUGGGGAUGGGAAUGGGCAUGGGCAUGGGCAUGGAGAUGGGUAUGAACCGUCCAAUGAUGCCAUUUCCCUCUGUUUUAGGUGGCUCAACCUUGCCCACAACAGCUGCAGCAGCUCAUUUGGGUCAAAGAUAUCCUAUGCCAGCCUUUCAUAUGCCCCACAUGGCUGCACCUGAUUCAUCUAGGAUCCAAGCAAACAACCAGUCGGAUCCGGUUCUGAACUCACUUGGCACACAAAGUUCCAACCAGCCACGGGUUCCCAAUUUCGCAGAUCCAUAUCUGCAGUACCUCCAGCAGAUGCAAAUGCCACCAGCUCAGAAUCAAGCAAUGGGCCAGCAAAAUACGAGCAAGCCAAGUACCAGCAAAGGAACUGAGAAUCUCGAAAAUCACCGAUCAGAAAUUUCUUUGUGUUGCAGGUUGAAAUUUUUGGUAAAGGGUUACUGAAGCUCUUGAAUCAACAGAGUAAAGUUGUUAGGGCAGAAAUUUGAAAUGAAGUUGUUAGAGCAGAAAUUUGAAUGAAGGAUGUUGCGGGCAUAGAGACUGUUCCAUCUUUGGGUCACUGCAUGAAGAAAGGCUCAUGCCUGCUAAGUUUUGUAGUGUAAGAGAAAUACCCUCGAGGGCGGCUGGUUAAUCUAUAUCACACAUCUAACAUGUAAUUAUAACCCCCCGAUCUCCCUUCUAUAGGAUCAAUUUUCCCUAUAUGUCUCUUUCAGCUUUUUAGUCUCCUUUCAUUUUCGUUUUCUACUUUUUUUUUUUUUUUGGAACUGUUGAAGAUGCUUAAAGGAAAAAAGUGAGGAACCCCAAUUUCUAAGGGAGUUCAUCACUGUCAAACAGCAUGAUAUAAAUUGGGUCCAGGAGGUGAGUAUAUCCUAAAUACAUAUGGCCUUCAUUUUCAUCA